UCUAGCUCUUUACUACGCGGCCGCACAGUUGCAUCAGAUCCUGUGCGUGCGUGCCUGUGUGUGUAUGUGUGUGGUUGUGUGUGUGUGUGGUUGUGUGUGAAUGUCUGUGCGCCACGCCACGCUACGCUACUUUUUUCUCUUUUUUUUUUAUUCCCAGGACGCAGAAUAGUAAUAAAUCCUCGCGGGCUGAGGGAAAGGCUGCGAUCACAAUAAAGACGUCACCCUGCUGCUGCUGCUCGGGUCGAGCUCGACAACAACAACACCACCAGCACCACCACCAUGGCCCGGGAGGGACGAGCUGCUUCUCCCUGAGAGAUCCCGAGGGCUCCUGCGUCAGAUCCACGGUGUAUAACCACGUUGAGCCGCCCGGAUCCAGAAAGAGAGAGAGGGAGAGAGAGAGAGAUCAGCAGGAGGAGGAGGAGUGGGGGGGAGACUCGCUGCAGGCGCAAGCAGGACGCACGACGUGGAUUUGGAGCAUCAUGGAGGAUGCAGCUGCCGCAGACCCAGCCCCUGCCUCUGGUGCGGCCCCAGCGACCCCGAGACCUCAGCCCACUUCCCUCGCCAACUCUCGCAGCUUGCUGGAGUGGAGGCGGAGGGUCAAGUCAGAGUACAUGCGCCUACGCCAAUUAAAACGCCUUAAAAAAGCAGAGGCGGUCAAGAGCCUGUUUGUGUCCAACAGACAGAAGAUCGAGCAGCAGACGAAUCUCCUGAACACAGAGUGGUCCAAGCUCAGGAUUCAGCCCGCACCUCUCUCCACUUCUGGUGGAGCUAUGGCCGGAAAAAAGAUGUGUACGGUGGAGUUUGGCUUCCCAGGAUUCAAAGCUCAAGCCAUCGCCAUGAGGCCCCUGUCCACAGUGGCAGGAAUCCCCUUCAUGUACUCCUGGUCGCCUCUGCAGCACAACUUCAUGGUGGAGGACGAGACGUUCCUUCACAACAUCCCCUACAUGGGCGAUGAGGUGCUGGAACAGGACGAGGCCUUCCUGGAGGAACUCAUCGACAACUACGAUGGCGUGCAUGGGGACAGAGAGGGCGGUUUCAUCAGCGACGAGGUCUUUAAAGAGCUGGUGGAGGCCCUGAGCCAGUACUCGGACCAGGAGGAGGAGGAAGAGGAGGAGGCGGUGGCCGUGGUGGAGGCGGUGGGGAAGAAGGAGGAGGAGAGGGCGAUGAGGAGGAGCUCGGCGGAGGGUUCGGAGGAGACCAAAGCUGGGAGCGUGGCGUUCGUCAAGAGGAAGAGGAGGAGCACCACGGAGGUGAGGGACUUGUGCGGCAGCAAGAAGAUCCCCGGCGAUAAGAUAUUUGCGGCCAUUGCCUCCAUGUUCCCGUACAAGGGCACCACAGAGGAGCUGAAAGAAAAGUACAAGGACCUCCUCGAGCCCCCCAGCCUGGUGAAGCUGCCCCCACUUUGCACCCCCAACCUGGACGGACCCUUUGCAAAGUCGGUGCAGCGGGAGCAGUCCUUACACUCCUUCCACACACUCUUCUGCAGACGUUGCUUCAAAUACGACUGUUUCCUCCACCCUUUCCAUGCUACGCCCAAUGUUUACAAGAGGAAGAGUAAGGAGAUCCGCAUGGUGACUGAGCCGUGUGGCGCAGAUUGCUUCCUGCUACAGAAAGGGGCUAAAGAGUUUGUGGAUCAGAAUAUGAUACGGCCCCAGAGGUCUCGCCGAUGUCGGAAGCAACAGCGUUCCACCGCUUCCAGCUGUGCCGGACCGUCCGGGUCCACUGAGGAAGGCAAAGUUGGCGACAGUGACCAUGAGACCACCUCCUCCUCAGAGAGUCAUUCACGGUGCCAGACUCCCACCAAGCUGCGUCCAGGGGAUGAUGACGGCGAGCAGCAGCCGUGCUGUGUGGUCCAGUGGAGCGGGGCGGAGGAGUCGCUGUUCAGGGUCCUGCACGGAACAUAUUUCAACAACUUCUGCUCCAUCGCGCGUCUCAUCGGUACCAAGAGCUGCAAGGAGGUGUACGAGUUCGCAGGGAAGGAGGUCCUGGUCCAUCGGGUUCCUUUAGUGGAUGGAGGCAUCUCGCCCCAAAAGAAGAAAAGGAAACACAGGUUAUGGGCGAAGAUUCAGCUGAAGAAAGAUAACUCCUCCAAUCAGGUGUACAACUACCAACCAUGUGACCACCCCGACCAUCCGUGCGACAGCUCCUGCCCUUGUGUGAUGACCCAGAAUUUCUGCGAGAAGUUCUGUCAGUGUGAGCACGAGUGCCAGAACCGCUUCCCAGGCUGCAGGUGUAAGACUCAGUGUAACACCAAGCAGUGUCCCUGCUACCUGGCUGUGAGGGAGUGCGACCCAGAUCUGUGCAUGACCUGCGGCACGGCGGACCAAUGGGACAGCAAAGUGCUCUCCUGCAAGAACUGCAGCAUCCAGAGAGGCCUGAAAAAGCACCUGCUGCUGGCUCCAUCGGAUGUCGCCGGGUGGGGCACUUUCAUCAAAGAGCCUGUUCAGAAGAAUGAAUUCAUCUCAGAGUACUGCGGAGAGCUGAUCUCUCAGGACGAGGCAGACCGACGUGGCAGGAUCUACGACAAAUACAUGUCCAGCUUCCUUUUCAACUUGAACAAUGUAGACUAUGUUGUGGACGCCACACGAAAGGGGAACAAAAUCCGCUUUGCAAAUCAUUCAGUUAAUCCCAACUGUUACGCAAAAGUGGUAAUGGUUAACGGGGACCAUCGCAUCGGGAUCUUUGCCAAACGACCGAUCCUGCAAGGAGAGGAGCUUUUCUUCGACUACAGAUACAGCCAAGCUGAUGCCCUCAAGUACGUGGGGAUAGAGAGGGAGGUGGACAUGACAUAGCUGCACCAGGCGCCAACCUCCUGAGCCUGUCCCCCGUAGCUCCAUGGCCACCUAACGCUUCUUACCCUUUCUGCAGUGUCACGUCUCGCUGACGACUUUUCCAAACACUCACUGUCUCACUCCUCUCCGCUGCACUUCCAAAAAUAGACAGUCCCUCCCUGAUGGUUUGCAGGUGCCGCUGCUCUGCAGACACCGC